UUUACUGAGCUGUUGCUAAGCAGCUAAUAAUAGUCGUGUUUGCUGAGUAAUUUUUGUCCUUCUGGAACCAAUCAGAUGUGAGAAAAUCCGGCCAUCUGACAGCCCGAAAGGCGGGAUUUCGAUUAUUUUCGCUUUUACCCCUCCUCCUCUGUUUCCAAAUCUAGAGAGGUCUUUUUUCUCCUGUGUUGAAUCUCAGAGUUCGCGGUGUCGCGGCCCAAGGGAAGACCACAUAGAACACACAGAAUGCUACGACCAUCGAACGUUCCAAGCCGCCGUUUUGUAGAUGGGAAUGGCUUUUUCCACUUUGCCGUUAAAGAUAAAUACCUUUUUUUAAGAGAAACGCUGAAUGUGCAAAGCGGUGGAGACCUCUGGAUCACGAAAUGUUGGGAUGGAAGGCGCAGACUUUGACUCGCCGUCUCCAACAGCAGUAUGAAGUACUUUACGGGUGUGAGAUCACCGAGAGUGAAACUGUGUUUCCUUGGGACAUUACCACACGCUUUCGGGGAAAUAUUAUAACGUGGAAAAGCAGAACCAGCGCGAAGUCUCCGCAACAUGGCCUCGGCAGCUAAUGCCUCCUCUGAACAGGAAAACAGGGACCCCGAUCGGCCGAGGAUAACGCGGAGGAACAGGGGGAACUAUCUCUCAACAGCGCCUGAUUUGGAGUAUUUGCAGCGGCCAAGUUACUGCGAUGCAGCUUUCGCCUUGCAGCAAAUAUCCGAGGGGAAAGCGUCUGGAAGAAAAGCACCGCUGUGGCUGAGAGCGAAGUUUCAGAGACUCUUGUUUAAAUUGGGCUGUUACAUACAAAAAAACUGUGGAAAGUUUUUGGUUGUGGGCCUAUUGGUAUUCGGAGCUUUCGCUGUUGGUUUACGGGCAGCUAAUCUGGAAACCGACGUGGAGAAACUCUGGGUAGAAGUGGGCGGCAGGGUGAAUCAGGAGCUGAAAUACACACGUCUGAAGAUGGGCGAGGAGUCCAUGUUCAGUCCUCAGCUGAUGAUUCAGGCACCGCGCCAGGAGGGCGCUAACGUGCUCACUUUGGAGGCGCUACAACAACACCUGGACUCAGCCAUCAGUGCCAGCCAAGUGCACGUUUACCUCUUUAACAGACAAUGGAAAUUGGAACAUUUAUGCUACAAAUCAGGAGAAAUGGAUACUGAAGCUCAUUUUGUGAACCAGAUCAUUGAAAAGCUCCACCCCUGUCUCAUCAUCACUCCGCUGGACUGUUUCUGGGAGGGAGCCAAGCUCCAGUCUGGAAUGGUCUACCUCCCUGGCAUAUCACACCCUCUGCAGUGGACCAACUUUGACCCCAAGGAGUUCCUGACAGAGCUUCGGGCUCUGAAGGUCCAGGUAGACAGCUGGGAGGUGAUGCUGGAGAAGGCUGACGUGGGACAUGGCUACAUGGACCGGCCCUGUCUCAACCCCCAAGACCCCGACUGUCCCCUCACUGCCCCCAACAAGAACAUCACCAAGCCCUUUGACUUGGCUCGCAUCCUGACUGGCGGCUGCCAUGGCCUAUCCAGGAAGUACAUGCACUGGCAGGAAGAGCUGAUUGUAGGGGGGACCACCAAGAACGGCACCGGACCACUACUCAGUGCCCAGGCGUUACAGACCAUGUUCCAGCUGAUGACCCCUAAGCAGAUGUUUGAGCACCUGAAGGGCUAUGAGGACGUGUCCCAUAUCAACUGGAACCAAGACAAGGCCGCAGCCAUACUGGAGGCCUGGCAGAGGAAAUACUCAGAGGUGGUAAAGCAGAGUGUAGCAGCCAACUCGUCUCAGAAAGUGUUGACGUUUACCACCACCACUCUGGAAGACAUCCUCAAGUCUUUCUCUGAUGUCAGCAUCAUACGAGUGGCCAGCGGCUACCUGCUCAUGUUGGCCUAUGCCUGUCUGACCAUGCUACGCUGGGACUGUGCUAAGUCUCAGGGAGCUGUUGGACUGGCUGGUGUCCUCUUGGUGGCGCUGUCUGUGGCUGCAGGCCUGGGGCUCUGCUCUCUGCUGGGCAUAUCUUUCAACGCUGCCACCACACAGGUGCUUCCGUUCCUGGCACUAGGUGUAGGUGUGGAUGAUGUGUUUCUCCUGGCCCAUGCCUUCAGUGAGACAGGACAGAACAAGAGGAUCCCAUUUGAGGACCGUACAGGGGAGUGUUUGAAGAGGACAGGGGCUAGUGUAGCUCUCACCUCCAUCAGUAACGUCACUGCUUUCUUCAUGGCAGCUCUCAUCCCUAUACCUGCCCUACGAGCCUUCUCUCUGCAGGCUGCGGUGGUGGUGGUGUUUAACUUUGCUAUGGUGCUGCUCAUCUUUCCUGCCAUCCUCAGUAUGGACCUGUAUCGCAGAGAGGACCGACGUUUUGACAUUUUCUGCUGCUUCUACAGCCCUUGCGCUAACAGGGUGAUCCAGAUCGAGCCCCAGGUCCACGUGGACGGAGUGGACAGCAGUCGCUACAGCCCCCCUCCCCCCUCCUACCACACCACCCCUCCCACAUACAGCAGUUCACCCCCGUCCUACAGCAGCCAUGGUUUCUCCCAGCAGACUCAGAUCACCAUGCAGUCUACUGUCCAGUUGACGACAGAGUACGACCCCAGGACUCAGGCCUUUUACACUACGGCCGAACCCAGAUCGCAGAUCUCCGUACAACCCUUCACACCCACGCCUGUCGCCACCGGCCCCGCCAACAACCCCAACACCAGUCACGGAAACAACAACCACGGUAGCCGUGGUUCAGGCUCGGUCCCUUCUCCUCCCGAGUCAUCCUCUGGCAUCCCCACGGUCUCCCCCCAAGCGGGGGAAGUGCUGUGUGUGUCGGGGGAGAGUGCUAGCUCCACCAGGGAUCUGCUGUCCCAGUUUGGAGGGGCCUCUCUGGGGCUGCGCUGUCUCGAACCCCAUUGCUCCCAGUGGACCUUGGCCUCCUUUGCCGAGAAGCACUACGCCCCCUUCCUACUGCAGCCCACCACCAAGGUGGUGGUCAUCCUGUUGUUCCUGGCCCUGCUGGUGGUCAGUCUGUAUGGGACCACACGGGUACGGGACGGGUUGGAGCUGACCGACAUCGUUCCCAGGGAGACCAGCGAGUACGACUUCAUCGGGGCCCAGUUCAAGUUCUUCUCUUUCUACAACAUGUACGUGGUGACCCAGCGGGCGGAGUACUCCCAGGCCCAGCCACUGCUCUACCAGCUGCACCACAGCUUUAACACAGUCCGCUAUGUACUGCGAGAGGACGACGGACAGCUACCACGCAUGUGGCUCCACUACUUCAGGGACUGGUUGCAAGCUCUGCAGCAAGCAUUUGACCAGGACUGGGAAGCAGGUUGGAUCACACAGAGCAGCUACAGGAACGGUUCAGACGACGGGGUCCUGGCCUACAAACUACUGGUACAGACCGGACGCAGGGAAAGGCCCAUCAGCGUUAACCAGCUGACUAGGCAGCGCUUGGUGGAUGCGGAUGGCAUCAUCAACCCGGUGGCAUUUUACAUCUACCUGACUGCGUGGGUCAGCAACGACCCGGUGGCGUACGCAGCCUCGCAGGCCAACAUAAGGCCCCACCCUCCGGAGUGGCUCCAUGACCGCACAGACUCCAUGCUCGAGACACGGCUCAGCAUUCCUGCUGCCGAGCCCAUCGAAUAUGCACAGUUUCCCUUCUACCUCAACGGGCUCCGCGAGACCCCCCAGUUUGUGGAGGCCAUCGAGUCGGUGCGAGCCAUCUGCAGUAACUACAGCCGCCAGGGCCUACCCAGCUACCCCAACGGCUACCCCUUCCUCUUCUGGGAGCAGUACGUAGACCUCAGACACUGGCUGCUGCUCUCCAUCAGCGUGGUGCUAGCCUGCACCUUCCUCGUCUGUGCCCUCUUUCUGCUCAACCCCUGGACUGCCGGCAUCAUCGUCCUGGUCCUGUCUCUGAUGACCGUGGAGCUGUUUGGUAUGAUGGGGCUGAUAGGGAUCAAGCUCAGUGCUGUUCCUGUGGUCAUCCUCAUCGCCUCUGUCGGCAUAGGAGUAGAGUUCACUGUACAUGUUGCUCUAGCGUUCCUCACAGCGAUAGGGGACCGUAACAGGCGGGCAGUGCUGGCGUUAGAACACAUGUUUGCUCCUGUGUUGGACGGAGCCUUCUCUACUCUACUAGGAGUCCUCAUGCUAGCAGGCUCUGAGUUUGACUUCAUCGUCAGGUAUUUCUUUGCUGUGCUGGCCAUCCUGACCAUUCUGGGGGUGCUGAAUGGUUUGAUCCUUCUCCCUGUGUUGCUGUCUUACUUUGGCCCCUAUCCAGAGGUGACCCCUGUUGAUGGGCGUAGCCAGUUACCCACCCCGUCCCCAGAGCCCCCUCCUCCCGUGGUCCACUUCUCCGUCCACCCCUGCCAUACCACCUCAGGGACAGGUACAGGCUCUGACUCGUCAGACUCCGAGUACAGCUCCAACACCACGGCCUCAGGCAUCAGCCAGGACCUGCAGCAGUACGACCUCCCCACCACUAGAAGCAGAGCUGGGAGAGCAGAGGAGUUGCGACGAGGAGCAGUGCCAAGAAGGACAGCUAGACAGGGAAACGCCACAGCCUACUCUUUGUCUUCUUCGGUCCUGCCGGAGUCAGAUGCCCACCCCGGUGCAUCCCGUCGCUUCAGCAAGAGGGACCUACAGUCCCUUCCCCCAGCCCGCCCACGCAUGGAGGCUUUUGAAACUGAGGCUGGAGGCCAUUAUGGCUCCGGGGGCCAUUUUGUCUCGGGAGGCCACCGAGAACGUUCUGCGGGGCACAGAACUCGUCCAUCCCACAACCUCCGGCCCAAUCACCACCAACCUCACCACUCUAACCCCGCCCCAACUUACUGCCAGCCCAUCACCACGGUAACGGCCUCUGCAUCGGUUACCAUCGCCGUCCACUCUACCUCUCCCCCCACUCAGAGCCCCACCUCCUCUUACCCAGGACACACUGCAGCGGACAGUUACCACACAGCAAGGGGCGCAGAGCCUGAGCCUGCCUUCCAGCACCCCCAUGUGCCACUGGAGGUCCAUACAGGUUGCAGAGGAACCAAGAUGGACACCAAGGUGGAGGCCAUGGAGCUCCAGGAUGUGGAGUGUGAGGCAGCUGAGAGCGACUGUGAUAAGAGGGCAAGCUGAGUGGAGGAGAGCAGAAGCACAACGACAAAGAUGGACUCCCUCUCUCACUCAGCGGCCCAAUGCAGCGCAGCUCAGCGACACACAUAACCCAGUGGUGGGUAGUACCAUGGUGCUCAUUCUUACUGUAACCCCGUGGAUGUUUGUCUUAGAUAUCACUAUCCAUCAUUAAAAGAUGUAUACUUAUGUAAAUAUGAACAAAGAAGUAGCUAUAAUGUAGGAGUUGUACAGCUCCUUUUUUUAACAGACUGGGGACAUCAUUUCUAUGGCGUGUGUGUUUUUGGUUUUACUUUCCUUGUCGGGGCCAGAAGUCAUCACAAGCACAGUAAAACAAGAAAAAUGGGAGACAUUUAGCCAGUCCCCACACGGAGAAAGGCUAUUUUAAGCUUAGGGGUUAGGGUUACGUUUAGGGUGAUGGUUAGAAUUAGGUUUAGGGUUAAAUUAGGGGUUAAGGUUAGGGUAAAAAUUAGGGUUAGAUUAAGGCUUAAGGUUAGGGGUUAGGGAAAAUAGGAUUUUGAAUGGGACCAAUUAUUUUGUCCCCACAAGGAUAUUAAAACAAAUGCGUGUGUGUGUGUGAGAGAAAUCUCUGAUUACUGUUGUUCACUCGUCUGUGGAUCUGUGCCAUGAGGAAGCUUCAUCUAGACAAUACAGUUCAGCAUACAUUGUUGCUGCUUAAGAUAUUCUGUAAUAAUGUAUAAUAACUGUAUAAUAACUCUAUGCAAAUGUUUAUUUUAUGUUAGAAAGAGGUGAGUGAGUGUAUAAAUGUGAUUGUGGGUUUGUGUUUAUGUGGGUGCGUAGGUGGGUCUGGGCGCGGGUGGGUACCCAUCGGAUACAUCUCUAAAAAGAAAUAUACUAACAAUCACGUCAAGUGAUACUACUCAAUAGCUACACGGGGCAUGUAUGUGUGUGUUUAUAUAUAUAUAUGUGUUUGUGUAUGAAGGUACUCUUUUUUUAAACAAUUAAUUUGCAUAUCACAAACCUGUGGUAGUUAUGAAACAAUUACUGUUGAACUCUGACUCACGCUAUGCGUGCUAUUUAAUACGAGCCGAUAUGUAGAAGAUAUAAAAGGUGUUUGUUGUGACUUGGCUGUCCCUUGAACUCAAUUACCCAUCUCCCAUUUCCUCUGGGGAUGUCAUAGCUCUCAGCGGCCAUCUUAUAGUAGCAUGAGUGGGCGUAAAAGUAUCACUCCCAUAGUUAAAGUGGACCUGACAGCGUUUUAACUACUUUGCAGAUAUGAAUCAAACAGACUAUUAUAAUAUCAGUAAAAAAUAUACAAUUCCCAGUUUAUGGUACAAAACCAUGAUAAGAAGUUUUAAAAAUAGGUUCUAUUUGACUCAACAUUCCAUGAUGUACACGAAGGUAUUGUUGGCAGAAUAGAUGGAUGCAGUUCAAUACAUGAUUAAUAUAAUUCACCAAUACAUUUCUUGGUAGUCCAGAAAACAUUGCUAUCAGGUUGUUACAUUGUUUGCUGCCUCCAUUUGGGAUGCACUGUUUCAGUUUCAAUGAUAUUUUGGACAAAAACAGACAUGUAACUAAGGUUGGGAAUGUCAGUCAUAAUAGGCUAGCGUAUCUAUUUAUGUAGCAACCUAAAAACACGGAGCCAAAUGUUAGCUAGCAAGCUAACUGCUAUGAGGGUGACAUGUUAUGCCAUUGGAGGAGUGGGUGAGUGACUGACAUUUUCCCCUCAUAUACACAGAGAUGCAGGUGUCAUUUGGUUAGCUAGUGAGAACUUGAACGACUGUUAUCCAGUUAGCAUAUCUCUUGCAUUCAUACAUUCUCAGAUAACAUGUAAACAGCCUAACCAGCUCUGCUAUGGCGAAUAAAAUAGUCAGAGCAAAGUGUUUAUUUUUGUCUGAAAAUAGCUAGCUAGCAAGCUAACCAACUUUAGCCAGUUAGCUUGGGUGCUUGGUUGGGACAAGCAUGCAUUGGCAGGCGAGCUGCAGAAAGACGAGUAGGCUACAAUUCCUCAUUGUUUAUAGGUGCAAUUUUGACGGCCAACAAAGAGGUUUUAUCUAAUGUUCCCUCGUUAGAUUUGAGCUUAUCUCGUCCUGACUAACAUUAGUUGUUGAUCUUGUUGUUGUUAAUGUGCAUAACGGAGGGAGAGAGAGCCUACCAUUUCAUGGUUGUUUGAUCAAUAGGACUGUAAUGUUUCCAAAUGUAAGAGGACUCCAGUGGUAUUUACAUAUUAGCAGAAAUCCAUUCAGGUGUAUUUAGUGGCUUUUGGCGAAUGCAUUCUAAUGAUGUAAAGUCGUGCUGUUUUAGCUGCCUGUAAACACACAGUCCAGUUUAAAGUGAAUGAUUGCAGGCCCAUGUGGCAAAUGGUGUGUUUGUAUAAAUGCCUACUGUAGCUCUGAUUGGCUAUAGCACACCGGUCUGUGUAGACUCCGGUCCUGGACGAGACAGAUGUUUUAUUUACUGCAGUGUCUAUUAAUUGUCCAAACGCACAGCCGCUUCCCCACUUCAUAUUUCUAUAGAACUUUCACAUACCUUAGUAUAUGUAACUCCCAGAAUUUAUUAAAAGGUGCUCGCUUGUCAGAAAACAUUUAAAAGCGUGUGAUAUUCUUCCUGGGGGUGUAUAUGAACAGAUUUUUAUAUGAUUUCAUGUUGCCAAAAUGCUGUCAAUUCCACUUUAAUGCAUAUUGCAAUUGGUGGACAAAAUCCAAGGUAGUUAGUCAAGGCCAUUAUGGAGGAUAUUGUUGUGAAAUGUACAUGUUUGUUUCCUUUUUUUUCAUGAAUGCAACUUUUGUUAUUCUCACUGUAAAUAUACAUUGUUGUCCUAUCUCUAGUGAUAAGCUACAGCUAUGGUAUUUCCCAACUCAACAUGGCACUUGACUGAAUUACACAUUUCAUUCACAAGAAACUCUUUCUUCCUCUUUACCCAAUAAGAUACACAGCCCAGAGAGCUGAGGGGUUUAGCACUACCUGGUCUAACAAUACUGUGUGUGUGGGUGUGGGUGUGUGUGUCCGUCCUAUCGCUCUUCCCUCCUCAGAGACAGCAAAGACAACUGCCCCCAGUUUAACCCCAGCCGUCCCCACCCACCCAACCUCACCUCGUCACAAUCCACAACAAGCCUCAAGGGUCAGGGUUCACUAAGCCCCCCCAUCAUGCCCGGUGUGUGUCACUCAUGUCUUUCCAGACCCCCCCCCCACAUACACACCGUCUAACACGUGUAGCUAUGUGUGUCUUUUUGCGUGUCAGCUGCUUGAGUGAAAAUCUUCUUUUUUUUCCCUCCUGAUGUCACAUUGGCAAUAAUGGAGAGAAAUCAUGGCUGGCAACUAUUUUCUUACAUUUUGUAAUGUUUUGUUUGUGUUUGGUUUUUCAACGUUGAAUUUGCGAUAUUUAUAUUUUUGUAUUAUGAGAUGUUUUUGUUUUGUUUACUUCCAUUAUUGGUCAUAAAUGUCAGUGAAUAACAAAUGCAGGGAUUUUUAUGUCUAUUGAAAAACACUAUUGUUUUGACAUGAAUGGUGUUCGAUCUGUAUAAAGUGCUUACUAAUGUUAAGUAGGGAAACCAGAGUAUAUAACAUUUACACUACAAGACUCACCAUAGCUCUUAGAGGAUUUUAAAAGGAACAAAAACAGAUCUAUGGUUUUCUACAGAUGCCAUUUGGUCUUGGUUGGCGAGGAUAUAUAUUGUUUCAGUUACAAAGAUAAAUGUAUGCCAUAUCAUUUAUUUAUAUGAAAAUGUAUUUUUGUAGUGUACAUAGUUGUCAAGUUAUUUGACAGAAGUAUAUAUUUUUAAGAGUUUAUAUGUAAUAAUACCAUAACAGAGAAAUAUUCUACGGUGCACACUUUCAUCGCUAACUGGCUCUGACGGCAUUGACUGACUCGUCCCACUCAGUAUUAUCUAUCAUAGGGGAGAGAACUCAGCCAGCUGUUUCUAUGGGUUUGUCAAAGGCUGGCCAUGAAAGUAGAAGUUGUACCAGCUCUCUAAAUACUAAUGUUCAAACACUGAUAGAAUUCUAACAAAUACAAAUAUUAUAACUUAUUUGUCUCUUUUUUUAUAACUUUAAUAAAUGGAUCUUAAAGGAA